AUGGAGCCAGCCAGUGAGGCCGCCCUCAAGGGCCCUCCCACAAGGGGAUGGAAGACGUGGACUUUCAAGAAGAAGCUCCUCAUCAUCGGAGGGAUCAUCGGGUUUAUCAUCGCCCUGGGUAUUGGUCUUGGAGUCGGACUGGGUGUUGGAUUAGGCGGCGGAGGGGGAGGAGAGGAAGAGGGAGGAGGCGGGGAGACGACGCCGCCCAGUUCAGGCAAUUACACCACAGCCAAAUGGCAGCCCGCCGUCGGCACUAGCUGGCAGAUCGAAUUGCUCUAUUCUUUGAACGACACCUCCGUCGACGUGGAUGUUUACGACAUUGACCUGUUCAACAAUAACAAGUCUGUAAUCAACGAUCUGCAAAAGGCAGGCCGUAAAGUCAUCUGCUACUUCUCCGCCGGCAGCUACGAGAAUUGGCGUCCGGAUAAGGACAAGUUCAACUCGGAUGAUCUGGGCAGCGACCUGGACGGAUGGCCCGGCGAGAAAUGGAUCAACAUCAGCUCCCCUCGCAUUCGCAAUAUCAUGCUCACGCGCCUGGAUCUGGCUCAGAACAAGAGCUGCGACGGGGUGGACCCGGAUAAUGUCGACGGGUACGACAAUGAUAACGGGCUGGAUCUGACGGAGGCCGAUUCGAUCAGCUACAUGAACUGGAUGGCCAAUGAGGCCCAUGCGCGCAACAUGUCCAUCGGAUUGAAGAACGCGGGGGCCAUCAUCUCGUCGGUCAUUAAGAACAUGCAAUGGAGCGUCAAUGAGCAAUGCGCGCAGUACGACGAGUGCGACACCUACGCGGCCUUCAUCAAGGCAGGGAAGCCCGUCUUCCACAUCGAAUACCCCAAGGGUGACGACACCAACAACAACCUGUCAGUGAGCUCGAGUGAGAAGUCCAAGGCGUGCAACGCCACUGAUUCGGGCAAUUUCUCCACGGUGAUCAAGAACAUGGACCUGGACAAUUGGAUCGAGAUGUGCUAG